GUUACAAUGCUCCAUAAUUAUUUUAAUUUAAAUUGCAAACAUUGAACAUAUAGCUACAAAAUCACAUAUGCAGUUGUCCUCCAUAAUUACAGAUUCUAUGUACUCACUAAAACUAGCAAUUGUGCUUUACUGUCUUUUGGACAUAGGUGGGGUCACAAUUCAUGCCCUGCCUGUGUCUGUUCAGAUUAAGGUGAGGGUGGGUAAGCAAACUUGGUGUACACACCCCAUCUGUACGAUUGUAGUAUUUGACCAAGUGGGUCCUGCAUUGUUACCUUCCUUGUAACUCUGCUGGGUUCCUCUGUGCUUAGCAGGUGAACCAGCUAGCUUUCUUCACAAACCGUGGUGCAACUAGCUUGCUCUUUUGAAAGGUAGGUUGUUAUUGCUAAAAAGGAGGCUGCACUGAUAUGAACUGCUGAAGUUAAUGUGUAGAAAAUUGAACAUCAGGCAGGGAGAUGGUUGCAGGUUGACAGUGUGCAGGUUACGAGAUACUCAUGGUUUUGCAGGAUGGCAGAGAUGUUCAACAAUCACUCUGUGGAGGGAGUGAGAGGUGGUGAUCAGGAAGGUCAAUUUCAAGAGUCUGGAUCUGAAGGCAGUAGUAUCAUAAGAGGCCUUGUAACCUGACAGACAUUGAUCAAGGGGAGUGAAUAUAAGUUCAUAUGACAUCCUCCUGCCGCCACAACACCAGCUGUUACAACGUUUGAUGUACCACAACCCCAACACUCACUCAGCAGCACUCCCUGACAAUCGGGACUCAUGCCUAACGUCCACAUACUCCAACCUGCCCUCACGUACCUACUCAUGCUAUAAAUUUUGCACCCACUUCUUGUUGCCUUCAGCUAUUUGGCCAUGGCAGGCACAAAUCCAUCUGCAAUUCAGAGUAGUCACGUUAAACCAUUUACUGUGUUUUUUGAAUAAUCAUAAUGUAUAUAUUGGACAAUAAUUUUAAGUAUUGUUUACAAUCAUCAGAACUAAUUAUUUUAUUAUAGGUUUAAAACCUUAGUGAUUAUUGAGAUUCAGUUUCAAAUUGUUGCUUUGAUAACUACUUAAAAUAGGGUGUAAAAUUUAUAUUGGCUGAAUUCCUAGGAAGAAGGAAAGUUUCAGUUGUAAAAAUCAAUUUUUCCUUUUCAUAGUUUAUCUAUUCAAGGAACUCUGGGCUUCACUGGUUGGGUAUGCAUUUGUUGCCCAUCCCUAAUUGCUCUUGAAAAGGUGGUUUUGAGCUGCUAUAGUCCUUAAGGCAUAACUCGUACUGCUGUUAUCAGUCAUUGCUGGUGUCAGCUGUAAGGAGCUGGGGCAUUUUGCUUAAAGAACAAAUUGUAAUAUAAAUAAAUUGUGAUGUAAUGUAACAUGAAGAUGUAACUAAAACAUUACUUUCAUACAGACAAUGAAAUGAUUGCUUUAUAGAAUAUGAAUUAUAAUUGCAUCCUGGUUAUUUUACCUUCUUACCGUUGACAGUGGCUUUUCUAAAUAUCACACUUUUGCCAACAAGUUUAUACUGUAAAACAGCAAGCUUUGUUAUUUUCCUCCAGGCCAGCUGUCACAAGAUGGAAGUCAAUUUAACUAUCCCCAGAAUGUCUUGAUGUUUCACAAGAGGGCAAAACAGAAGUAUGGCCAGAGACAACAGAAGGAUUUUCCAAAAAGAACCAAAGUACCUUUUACUAGCUCCACAGUUCCAAAGAAAGGAUCAGUUGUAGCAUCUCUAUCACUGAAUCAUCAAGAGGGUGAUGAUGAAAAAGCUCGGUUUGAAGCUGCACAAACUCUGCUGGAUAUCUUUAAAGUUAAUUCAAGCUAUGAAGGUGUUCAAAUGACCACUGUUUGUGAAGCACUGCAGCAAAUAAAUGAAAAACUAAAUACAGAAAUUGCUGGGUUGAAAGAUGAGCAUCGGUAUCUAAAGGCAGAAUAUAAUCAAAUCAGUGGGGAGCUGAAAAGAUUUAAAGAUGGUGAAUCCAAAUGUUGCACUCAAUUUCCAACAUAUUCAACAAUUCCACGGCUGCAGACCAAAGCUUCAGCUGAAUGUAGCCCAGAUCAGCCUAGUGUUUACCCAGACAGACAUACUGACUGGAGUAUUAAAACAAGAGUCCUGAUUACCUCACCUACUCCAUUCUCCUGGGCAAAAUCAAGUAUCAAAUUGUUAUCAGGAAUGGGAUCCAUUCACAGAACAACAAUAAAAGCCGAUGAUUUUUAUAUUAAACAGGAACCCGAUGAUAGCCCUACUUUAAAAUGUGCCUUCCAGCAGAGUCUGAGAUACUGGAUGUAUCCCAGGCUACCCUGGCUGCAACUUUUUCCAAGAAUUGGUGUUGAUAGUGUAUCAGUUGAUGAUGGUUUACAGUGGUCCCCGGAUUACAAGAUACAGAAUAUUUUAAUGAAAGACUGGUUGUCAUCCUGUAGCUCGCUCUUUGACCUCCUACAGUCCGGACAUUGCCCUUUCUUUUACAUCUGUACAUACCAAUUCACAGUGCUUUUCAAGGCUGCUCAGGAAUCCAGAAGAGAAUCAAUUUCUGCCUUGUUGUACCCAGCAAAUGUGGAAGUUUUAGAAGCAAUGAGAUUGUCAGAAGUUGUGUUCUCAACAUAUUUAGUUGAGAAUUCUCAGGAAAAUGUUCAUGUGAACCUUUCUUCACCAGAUGGAUGUGGGUCAGUACAUCUUACACCAGCUCAUUUAAAUUAUAUCAAAAACAUUAAAAAAACGAUUGACUCACGCGCACAGAAGUCUUUUCCGCCCAUAAAGACAGAACCUCAGGAAGAAAUUCCAACAGCUGAAUCAUCCGAAUGCUUUCUACACCAGCGAUAUCAGGAUAUGCAACUGAAAUUCCUGGUCGUAGUUGAAGGAUCCUACACAGAAUCCUUAAUCACUUUUCUAAUGAACUCGUCACAUAUAGUCGCACAAGAGGGUGUACAAAGAGGGUUACCACCCACACUGCUUUGCCCUGUGGCCUUCCCCGGAGCAGCUUUACAGUUGCUUCAGGUUUCUAAUACUUGUGGAAAAGUUCAGGGUUGCCAUGGUCCUUUAGACUCUUACAGCUUGGAGAUCACAGGUCCCAUUCUUCCACACUCUAUGGACUAUAUCAAUCAUAUUCUGCAGUGCAACGAGUAUGGUGUAACAUUGAACGUUGUUAAUGUCCAGGAGUGCACCGCUGUCUUCAAUGUUCAUUUAUCUAGUUAGUCAAAAUCGAAACACUAUACAUUUGAUGUCACCACUAUAUCAGAAGUAGUUAUACUGUUGUGAAUCUCCAGCAAACAGUUCUGCAUUUCUUCUGAACUCAAAUCAUUGCUCAAUGUCCAAGCUACUCUCUCAAAGCUGAGGGAAUUGUAACAGAAAAUAAGUAUAUUUUUAAAAAAGUGUUCAUACCCACAAUUUAACUGUUGUAACAAUCUUACAGGUGUAGAUUUGUCAUGCAAGUAAGCUUGGCUUUGAAGAAUUUAUUUUAACAUUUCCAUUUCAGGCAAGAAUUGUCUCUUGUGUCCUUAGCAGCCAUUUCAUUCAUUGAUACUCAAUUAUUUUGUGAACAUUAACUACACUAUUAUUGUUAAAGUACAUUUUUCUGUAUCUGGCAUAAUACUGAUCAAUGUUGUGAAUAUAUAUGUAUAUAUUCCUUUUAUAUCUAAUUUGAUUAUGGCAAUAUAAUGUACUGAGUUAUAUUUAUAUUGUGUAUUAACCAUUGACUAACAGGGAAAAAAACGGUAUUAGCAAAGUCUGGGUGCAGUGCAGGGAAUCUUACUAUUUGCAAUUAUAUUGCAUUAAGUUAACUGUUACAUAUUUGGAGAUUAAAAAUAAAUGUUAUCUAUAUUUGGUGCACGAUAAUCUUAAAUGAUAUCAGUUGUAAUAAACAAAUAUUAAUUGUAUAUCUUUAAUGCUGUAGUGCACAAUAAUUUUGAGUCAGUGUAAUUGGUAACAGUUUUUAAUAAGCUACAAAUUUGGUCCAUGACAAACAUUGCAACUUGCAAAUUAUUUAAUUGUCUUGUCAAUUAAAUGUACAUAUAUAAGA